AUGAAACUUCAUUAUGCUAUCGGUUAUCAGAGAUCAAUUCCCGGACCUAAAAUGAAACUUUCGAAAGGACGCGAUUUUAUUGUUAUUUCUGGAAAUAAUCAGUUACUGUUCUAUGGUUCGGAAGAUUAUGACGAAACGGUUACUGUGAAUGUUAUCUGUUUGGCUGAACUGACUGAACAUGUCGGAAUUGAUCCUCUUGAUGAAAAGAUACAAAAGUUCAGUUUUGAUACAACUGUUGCAAAAAGCUUUCAAAAUCCGUUGAAAUGUUUUGCCUAUUUGCUGCCACCAGAAAACAGCUUCGUUGUUGGACAUGUAAACACUAUCGGAAUUUUGAGAUUAAUAAGGCAGGCACAAAUAAUCAAUUCAAUCAUUUGUACGGAUGCUGAGAUCGAUGAAAGCACCUUAUGUCUUCAUCGAUUGUGA